UACCCUCAUGUAUGAUACCCUCAUCUGCGAUACUCCCAGAAGGACUGCAAGAAAAAGACAUUGCUAUGAGAGAGAAAGUUGGAGUCUUCUAUUCUUUUCCCAUGUGACCCAAAAUGUCUACCCCUCCUUCUGUCUGAACAACAUUCCUGUCCCAGGGAAACAGGGGGGAGGAUGAUGGGAUGGUUGUCCGUCUCUGCCAGACUUGUCGUCCACUGGCUGAAAAAGAGAUCUGUCCUAGUGGCAUGUUUAUCUGCAGCAGCAAUGGGCUGCACCAUCGGCGUAGCUGCCCUCAUGAAGACACUCUCUUCAUUCAAGGGGACUUACAAACUUUUCUCUUUCUUUUCCUUAUUUUCUUUCCUGCCUUCACUUAUCUUUAACUUUCUCUGAAUCUUUUUAAUCUUCUCCAUUAUAAAUGAGUUAUUUUCUUAUGCACAGCAAGUCUCACAGCGAUGGUCUGUUUGAUCGGUACCAGAGCUUGCGGCAAGAAGGUCGAAUGUGCGACAUCAUCCUGGAGGCCGAAGGCAAACGGUUCCCAGCUCAUCGCACCUUGUUAGCUUGCUCCAGUGACUACUUUUGGUCACUAUUCCAGGAUCACACUUCGGAGUCGAGGGCUCGGACUGUCAGUCUACCAGCUGUGUCCUCAACUGGCCUGGAACUGGUCCUGGACUUCAUCUAUACUUCAUGGAUCUCGCUAUCUCCUGCCACUUUGGAGGACACGCUGGAAGCUUGCUGCUACCUGCAGGCUACCCAUGCUUUGCAUCUCUGCACUGAGUACAUCUCAAACAGUCUCACUCUGGAUAACUGCUGCUUUUUUGCCAAUGUGGCUGCUCGUUACAGCCUCUCGGGUGCACUUGCUGUCACCAAUCGUUUUAUCGCAAAACACAUGGCAGGACUCCUGGGUGCCGAUGGUGACAGAUCUGGGCUUCUGGAGCUAAACCCUGAUACUUUCCGAGAGGUGUUGGGGUCGGAUGAGAUACCGGGGGUAAAGGAAACAGCACUGCUACAGCUAGCUCUGGACUGGUUGUCCUGCAACCCUUUACCUGCCUUGGGAAGUAACUCUUUACUCAGUCGUGUUCGUUUUGGUCUGGUGCCUCCAGAAGAUCUGACCCGUCUGAGUUCCCUCAACCCACCCCUGCGCACUCCUUUCAUUCACAGCUUGGUACAGAAAGCCCUGCAUUACCACUUGCAUGUACCUCUCCAGCCAUUAAUUCAAACUGUCCAUACGAGCUUGAGAGCCACAACCAUGACGGUACUCCUGGUAGGAGGAGGUGCCGAAGCAGACCGUCCACAGACCCAGAUUGAGAGCUAUGAUCAAGAAAGCAGGAAGUUCCACGUGCUGCCCAUUGAAAUGGUAAAGACCCUCCAGUACAAUGGGGUUUGUGUGGUGGGAAACUUCCUCUUUGUGCUUGGAGGAGAGGUUGUAGAGGUGGAUGGGGAGAGUGAGAAGACAGCAGUGAUGACAGUGUCUGACCAGGUGUGGCGCUAUGACCCUCGGUUUGAACGCUGGGAGGAGAUGGAGCCACUGUUACAAAAAAGGGCACAGUUUUCCUGCUGUGUGGUGGACGGUGUAAUCUAUGCCAUAGGAGGACGAGGCCAGAGAGGAGAACCCACCCUGUCCUCAGUGGAGAGAUACAACAUGAGUGCAGGGUGCUGGCGUAGUGGCGUGUCCUUGCCCCAUGCUGUCUAUGGACAAGCUUGUGCCACAAUCGGCAGGGGUAUCUACAUCUCUGGUGGCAUCCAUGGCAGCCAGCCUGAGAGUAGCAGAGAUUUGUUGUUUCUUAACACUUUUGAUGAUAAUGUCUGGGAGAGACGCUCUGCUAUGUCUAUUGCCAGAUUUGGCCAUCAGAUGGCAGCCAUUAACGAGAGACUCUACGCCUUCUUAGGGAUGUAUGAACCAUUUUGUGACAUCGAGUGCUACGAUCCUGAACAAAAUCAGUGGACACGACUGAAACCUCUUCUGCAAGAUCGCUUCUGCUAUGGUUUGACAGUCACACCAAGCGGAUUUGUGUUGAUGUUCGGAGGUAGAAAGUGGCGAGAAGGACAGGAAGUGUGCGUUUGUGAUGUGCUGGAGUACGACCCUGAGUACGACAGCUGGAGGAAAGUGUGUAAGCUGCCACAUCCAUUAUGUGGGACUCAGUGUGUUCAGAUGAGUCUCCAAGAACUGAUAGAAACAUAGGAAUCUCCCAUAACCCCCAACUUCCAUAUACACACAGAGAAAAGCUGAAGAAUGAUCAGUCGGUCCGAACUUGGUAGACUCGUGGAGGGUAAAAGAUCUACGCAGACAGAAUGGAUUCUGACCUUCAGGAUGGUGAAUCAGAAGAAUCUUGGCACCGGAGGCAGUGUGCUGUAAAGCAUGAGCGCAGUGGGAGGUCGUACUGACAGAGCGAAAACGACAAGUGUCCUGGGAGUUCUGGAGACGUCAGAUUUUCAGACAAUGAAAGAAUCAGACACCGAUCAAACUGUAAAAUAAGGACUUUCUGAAGCAGGAGACCAGCUUUAAACACAGACUGGAAAUUUGGCAAUAUAGACAGAAAAGAUUCGUGCCAGAGAAAGGUGGCUUACGUACUGUAGAGAAAAGGAUGGAACAGAACAGACACAUAAAAAUAAGGUCGAGGCAUAAAAUGGUAUUGAGAACAAGGUAUUUAAAAGCACUUUAAGAUAAUUAAAGGUCUCUGAGUGUGUGUGUGUGUGGGAUAAACAAUAAAAGGGGGAGAUAGAUUUAGAUCUUUCAACUAAAAAAACAUGUCAGAACUCGACAUAGAACGCUUUCCGCUAUUCCCGAUGACCGAAGUAAGUAAAAUUCACGAGGUGUUUAAGUGUUUAUUAAUAUGAUAUGAUAAAUAUCUUGCAUGUGACACAUUUUUAAAAUCAUACAACAAAAAUAUCUUCCAUUCAGAAUGUAACGAAAGCCAUUGAGAGAAAUGUACACAAGAAAAGUGCCCGAAUAAACGGGUGGAGCUUUAACACGGUCCCUGGAGCUUUCACGUCAUUGAGUGCAAAUCAUUUCUGCUUUGUCAUAAUGAGCUUAAAAUAAAUGAAAUAAUUAAUUAAGUGGUUUUAAAAGCAAAAAGGCAUGGAAUGGAGAGAAAGAGCAUGAGGCUGUGGUAAUUAACCCAAAGCAGAAACACUGGGGAUGUCUGUAUGCUAGGAUACAGCAGAUUAGCUGAAGGUGGCCUGAGAGGAAGGGAGGAAGGGUGUGUAUAAAGAAAGCCUAAAAAUGUUCACAACGGUUUAGAGAGAGGCAGAAAGGCAAAAAAGGGUCGAAUAAACUCACAGUUAGACCUGGA